UGUGAGGUGGUAGAGGUGGGAUACUCUGCAGUUGGCUGUGUGAGGUGGUAGAGGUGGGAUACUCUGCAGUUGGCUGUGUGAAGAUGUUUGUCCCUCUGCUGUUGCCGUAGUACCUUCCCCCACAUACAUGGAGCCGUGAAUCUCCUGUGCGCGCACUUAUUGUCUUCCCCUGGAAACAAUAGACCCGAGUUCAGUUCCUGUUCAGGUGAUGGUCGGGAAGUUUAUGGAGAGAACCGGACCGGAAGCGCUGAGAUCCCGGUCAUAACGACUUCCGGAAAGAUGGAGGAGACAGGGGACGGGGAUGAUGUGGUAUCACACGGGCUCCACAAGAAGAAACACAAGAAGCACAAGAAACAUAAGAAGAAGCACCACCAGGAGGGCGGCAGCACCUCGCUCCACGCACACAACCGCAGCGACACUAAAGCCGCCCCCAAACCACAGCUCCGCCUGAAGAUCAAGCUGGGGGGACAAGUGCUGGGUACGAAGAGUGUGCCCACAUUUACCGUCAUCCCCGAGCAGUCCUGCUCUCAGUCCCCGCUGAUGGUGGUGGAUGAAGAUGACGAGCCCCUGGAAGGCGUCCCCAUAGAGCAGUACCGGGCAUGGCUGGAUGAGGACAGUAACAUGGAUCCACUGCCCUCCCCCACUGGGCCUCAGGUGUCUGAGCAGGAUGAGGAGAUGCGCUGGUUGGACGCCCUUGAGAGGGGAGAGUUGGAUGUCAAUGGGGAUUUGAAGAGAGAGACCGAUGAGACGCUGCUGACUGCUCGUCAGCGAGCCCUACUACAGAAGCAGCAGACCCCUGCAGCCCCUCUGUACCCCCCGGCUGUGUACCCUCGGCCUUCACAGGAGAUGUCUCAGGAGAUGUUGGUGAAGAGGGAGGAGAAGGCUCGAAAGAGGAGAUUGCAGGCGGCAAAGAAGGCUGAGGAGAGCAAGAAACAAACCAUAGAGAGACUGACAAAGACAUCAAAAUCUCGGGGCACCAAACCCACAUCUGGGAAAAGAGGAGGGCGACAGCCACCGUGCCCCACCAUCCGCUACCAGAACAAUGCCAAGAGCAUCACUGUGUCCUACCCUGCAGGAGUUCCCUACCCCGCCCCUGCAGAGCCCCGAGUUGCAUUACCCGCCCCCCAGCUCUGUGGUGCCCCCGGGUGCUCCAACCCUAAAAAAUAUUCCUGUUCAAAGACUGGCAUCCCGCUGUGCAGUCUGGAGUGUUACCACCAGAACCUGGCACUCCACACUCGGCAUAGCGCUGAUGGGGGCACUGGGACCAUGACUGAGAGGAACAUGUGACCCCCUCAAAAGGACAAUAUCCAUGUUACAUACAAAGGCGCUCAAUGUAAAUUACCAAACCGUGUAAAUAAAAGAAGUAGGAUUUAUAACAACUGUGGCAGGAUUAUAAGAGAUAAACGCACCAAGGAAGAGUUGGAAUCAUAUGAAAAUUUAUAGUUCAUCUCUUUUUAUUGAAAGUUUUGUAAUAAACAUGAACAAAAAACAUACAGGAAAAAAAGCCCAGAAGGGUUCCAGUGGGCGAAAUUACAUAGUACACAAGGUAAUACAAUACACUAGGGCAUGCAACAGUAGGCAGAGUCAACUGGAAAAAGGAGAUAGGAGGGGGGGGGGUCCCACGGAACAAUGAGAACCGUCUAUAACUGUGGGUCCAUAGAGACCAGGAUACAGGGGAACAGAAAGCAGGAGGAACGAUGGGAAGAAAGGAAAAUCGUGGGAGAGAGAAGAAAAAAAUACUUACCCCGGGGUAUUCCAGUAUGCCCACCAGGGUUUUCAAGUGGUGAAAAACUUGGGUCAUCCCAGUGUCUUUGGCCAGAUAAGGGAAGUCAUAUCCUGAACCCAUUCCAACUUCAAAGGGGGGAUUGGAAUCCUUCCAGAGCCGAGGAAUCAUUGCUCCCGCAGCAGCCAAGAAGUGUUGAAAAAUACCUGCUAAGGGUAUGUUCAAAAGAGCGGAUUUUCCGCACGUAUUUCACUGCGGAUCCGCCGUAUGCUGCUUUUACAUGUGCCUGCUCGGAGAGGCAAUAUGCCGCUAUGAGCAGACACUGCGAUGUGCGAGUUGAUGCGCGCAUGCGCUCUCGGCCUGGCUCAUCGCUUCAGUGUGUCUGCACGUAUUGGCGUAUUGCCGCUCCGAGCAGGCAGAACAACUUAGCAACUACUAAACCAAUUUAUGUGUCGCAUCAAUUUACUCCUGUUUGUCCGCACUAUACCCACUGUAUUGGGUUGAGUGUGGGUAAACAGGCUGUAUGGACGGGUGUGCUAUGAAGUGGGCACCUAUGUCUGGAUGGUGGACAAGAAACUGUGGGAGCUGCUCAGGCUCAAUUCUCCCUACAAGUGAUAUUUCUGGGACAUCCAAAGCCUGUUCACCAUGUUUGCCCUUAUGUAACCGUUGAUUCCAACAACAUGGCAGGCGGUUUGUCAAUACGACCAUUCUAUUGACUGGUGGGGGGUCUCUGGCUAUUUUGUGUAGUUCCUUAGCUUGGUAGAUAAGGCACCCCUGUUGUAAUAGGUGGGGUCCCUGUGGUAUAGAGCUUUGAUAUCUUCUGCAGUUUGUAGCUUGGUGGACAAGCAUUCUCAUGAUUAAUGGGGGUCCCAAUAAUACACAGCUUGGGGGAUAAGGGGCCUGGUGAGGAUCUUUGUGGUGUAGAUCUUGGCUAUCCUUUGCAGUCCUCUAGCUUGGUGGACAAAAUACCACUAUUCCUGUGAUUUCUAGGGGUCCUAGCAGUACAUAGCUGAGGGACAAGGGACCCUUAUUCUUGUGACUGGUGGAGGUACCAGAGGUACAGUGCUAUCUUCUGCAGACCCUUAGCUUGGUUGUCAAGGGACCCCCAUUCUCAUGAUCUGGUGGGGGUCUCUGCGACAUAGAGCUUGGUUAUCUUCUACUGUUCUGUGGACAAGGAACCCCUGUUGUGACUUGUGGGGGCCAUAGUGGGGCAGUGCUAAUUUCUGCAGUUCUGUAGCUUAGUGGAGAAAGAACUCCCCUUCUCUGGAUUGGUAGAGGUCCCAGCAGUACAUUGCUUGGGGACAAGGAACCCAAUUUCUUAUGACCCGGUGAGAUCCCAGAGGUAAAGUUCUAUCUUCUACAGUCCAUUUAGCUUGAUGGAUAAGGACCCCCAUUCUCUUUAUCGAUGGGAGUCCCAGCAGUACAUAGCUUGGGGAACAAGGGACCACAUUUCUUAGACCCAGUGGGGUCCCAGUGGUAAAGUGCUAUAUUCUAUAGUCCAGUAGCUUGAUGGAUAAGGACCCCCAUUUUCUUGAUUGAUGGGGGUCCCAGCAGUACAUAGCUUGGGGGACAUGGGACUCCAAUUUUUGUGACUGGUGGAGUCCCCAGUGGCCAAACACUUACUGUAUCACUGGAUAGGUGAUAUGUUUUAUGCCUAUUCAUAGCACUGAACAGUAAAAGCAACCAAUAGAUUCUAUAAAUAGUCCCCCUGUGAGACUAUUUGUUAAAAAAAUGUUAAACAAAUGUAAAUAAGCCCCUCCCCUAAUAAAAUAAAUAAAAAUGACCCCUUUUCACAUUUUAGGCUAGGUUCACAUUCUCUCUGUCAGGCAGUUCUAUCAAAAUGACAGGAGUUUAGCGGAGAGAAAAAAAUACUGCAUGUCGAUCCCCAACAGACCCCAUUCAAGUCAAUGGGAUCUGUCAUGACCCGGUGGAGUGAGUUGUGCUCCGACUCAUUUUGGGGCCAUUUGGCACAAAAAAAAAAAAAUGAGUUGACCCAGAAAUGGAUGGAGCACAAUGGCAAUGUGAACCUCGCCUUAGAAAAAAAAAAAAAAACAUUUUGUAUUGCCGUGUUAAUGAUUCUGUACGGUGAACGGCAUAAACUUAGAAAUAAAAGUCUAAAAUUGCUGCUUUUUUGUCACAUCACAUGCCAGAAAAAAAUAAAAGCGCACCUGGCAGUUCCC